CGUCCAGCCACAUCACAACCAGCGGCUGCAGUUUCAGGUUCCGCUGCACUCAGGCGCAGGAGACAAGAAGAAGGGGGGGGGACAAAUACACUCGGGACGCCGUUGGAUCUGACAUUUCAUUUCAAAACGAAGAGGCCGCGCAGGGCAGACCGACAGAGAGCCAUGGUGGAAUACUACCAGAUAUUAGGAGUCCACAAGAAUGCAACACAAAAUGACAUCAAAAAAGCUUACAGAAAAUUGGCAUUAAAGUGGCAUCCAGACAAAAACCACAACAAGGAGGAGGCCGAGAGGAAGUUCAAGGAGCUGUCGGAGGCUUAUGAAGUGCUUUCAGAUGAAAGCCAGAGGAAUAUUUAUGACCAGUACGGCAAAGCAGGCCUUUCAGGAGGAGGAGGAGGAGGAGGAGGAGGGCGAGGAGGAGGAGGAGGAGGCCAUUACGAUCACUUUGGCGGUGGCGGCGGCGGCUUCACAUUCCGUAAUCCUGAGGACGUCUUCAGGGAAUUCUUUGGUGGCAGAGAUCCAUUUGCAGACUUUUUUGCUGAUGACCCCUUUGACUUCGGAGGAGGUCGCAGUCGUCAGAGGGGCGCCAGCCGAAGCAGGAUGGCGGGGCCCGUCUUUGGUUUUGGAGGCUUCCCAGCCUUUGGGCAUGGCUUCUCAGGGUUUGAUUCAGGUUUUAGCUCGUUUGGAGAGAUGGGUGGAGGAGGGAUCACUUCAUUCUCUUCUUCGUCUUUUGGCGGUGGAGGAGGAGGAGGAGGAGGCGGCGGAGGUAUGGGUAACUUCAGAUCGGUGUCGACCUCCACCAAGUUCAUCAACGGCAGAAAAAUUACGACAAAGCGGAUCGUGGAGAACGGCCAGGAGCGCGUGGAAGUGGAGGAGGACGGUCAGUUAAAAUCUCUAACAGUAAAUGACGUCGCGGCUGAAGACUCCUUGGACGAAGACUUCCGUCGCCGCAGGCAGAACGCACUCCCCGGAAUCGCCCUGCACCAGCGUUACCUGAGGAACUCCGCCCAAAACCCCUCGGAGGAAGAGGAGGAGCACGGCCUACAGAGUCUGGGACUAACAAGAGGACACACGGACACCAAGAGGAAGAAACUGUGGCCGAAGGAGGCCGAGUCCAAAAAGAAAAGAGCUGCUCGACACUUCCCUCGGUUUGGUGGACUCGGAGCCUUUUUUUAAACACACACACACACACACACACACACAUGAAUAUGUAUAGUUGUCGGCAGAAGCGCCAUCCAUGAUUAGUGUAAUAUUGCGGUGCAGGUUAGGGUUGGGGUCAGAGGUCGGCCUGCAGAGAUCUCACCUUCAUGUUGUGUUUUUGUCCAAGAAACAUUUUUAGUAGUGAAGCUUUUUUUAAUCGCUGUAUUUAUUGUGGGUGGGCCCGACGGAUGUAAAGUGACACGUUUAGACACUUAAUCUCCCGUGAUUGGACUUCUUGUCUUUUUAAUUUUGUGUUUGAAUUUUAGGCCGGAGCAGAAUUCAAGCAGCCGUCUUGUUUUUUGAUACGAUGGAACAAUAACUGGGGUGAUAGCGUGAAUAGAAAAGAACAGGCGAAGGUCAAUCUGCUCAGAGGACGCUUAUUUACGACUAGA